UUACUCUUCCCUUGCUGUUCAAGCGUUCUUUGCAUACAACUGUGGUUAGAGGUUGGUAAAAUCGUAUUGGCAAUAUUUCCAAUAUGCGGGACGUGAUCCUAUGAGGCAAAUCCCGUAAUUCAAAAAAUGCGGGAUUGUGCGACAUCCCGCACCGACCUCUAAUUUUUACCAUCUAGAGGUAGAAGGCUUUAAGAUUAUUUAAUGGUAUUGGGGAAGGACCGGAGAAUCCUAACCUUAGAUCGGACUGACAUGGACUCACGAGCGGGAUUACGAAAAAAUCUUGGUUUAGCUCUAAUCAUAGACAGUAUUGGGGGUCCGGAUUCUCUUAUCGGAAAUUUUCUGGGAGGGAAGAGAAGCCAAAAGAUUAUAGAGCAUACAUCGAUUUGCUCAAAGCCACGAACCUGACUUUCCCUUACUAUUACUUUUUACAAAUUUUAUUUUUAAGGACGUGGUGCUAUAGCCCAUCCAGGAUGGUAUCCAAGAGAUCACAUGCCUGGUAAUUAUCCAAAAACAGACGAAGAGCGUCGUGCUGCUGCUAUUAGAUAUGGACUUAGACCUGAAGAUUACUCGCCCUAUCCUCCUGACGAUGUAAAAAAUCAUGUUGGAGAUUAUCCAAAUCCUGGAAUUGUUACUGCUGAACAUAGAGAUCCAUACGACUAUUAUAGCGAUUUUCAUCAACGUCGUAAUUGGAAUGAACCUGUAAUGAGACAAGCAAUGCGUUUUCGUGUUGAACGGUGUACUUUUACUGGCUUGAAGGACGACGAUUAUUUACUGUUUGUUUUUUUUGAUUCUUUAAAAUGA